AAAGAAAGAGGAAAAAGAAGAUAGAGAUAGGUGCUUAUGUAUCUUUAUGGGAAUAAAUGAUUCGUGUGAUUGAAUUUUCUUCAUUGCGUUUCUGCAGGGGAGAAUUCUGUUUCUGGAUUAUUUUCACCCAAUCAAAACUUUAGCUCGAACAAUCAUAUUCAGACAAGUUCUAGUGGUUUGUGGAAUCAGAACGGACAAUGUAGUGGCAGUAAUUUUGAGAGUGCUUAUCCAGGAAGAAACUUAAACUACAAUGCUGGCAUUCAAAUUGGCUCAAAUGUCUUGCAAGGGGAAAAUAUUCGAAAGACUCUGUUCGCAGAUAUUCUAGACUCGAUUUUUUGCCUGAUGAAGCAUGAAACUGGACAUGUUCUCUUUGACGAGCUACUCGAUUCAUGCGUAGGCGAUGAGUUUCAUUUGGUUGUUUUAAAGUUGUGGUCGAAUAUCGAAUUGUUUAUAGAAACAGCCUUCUGUAGAAUUGGAUCAAAUUCAAUCCAGAAACUCAUCAAAAAUCUUAAGAGGACAUCAUAUACCUAUAUGAUGACAAGAAUUCUAUCCUCGAAGUUUUAUCAAAUAAUGACUCACGACUUUGCGAGGCACGUCAUCCUACAAUGCCUCAAUCUUUUGGAUAGAAAGUCGAAUGAGAUACUCUAUGAAUGUGCAAUACAUUAUUUCCUAGACCUGGCUAGACAUGAAGUUGGAUGCAGAUCGUUGAAUGAAUGCAUCAAUAGCAUUGCUGGUAACCAGAGAGAUAUGCUCCUGAAUUGUAUUGCACACGUGUCAGAUUUCCUAUCAAACGAUCCUUACGGGUACUAAUGAUUGAAAUUCUGUAUU